AUGCGCCGUCCGUCCGCUGCCUGCCGUAGAGCAGUGCAGUCGCUCCAAUUGCCCACUGCCCAUCACAUAUGCAUCUCUGACGGCCUCCUCGCCCGGGCCCUCAAUCCAUUUUUCCCCAGCUCGUGUUCACACCAGGCACGCCAUGGCAGCAAUGUACCGGGGCCAUUGGAGGCUACAAGGAGGGCAGCGAAGCGUCGGAUGACUGUCUCUGCGGGGUUCCAUCCUCAAUACACCUUCCAAUCGCUCUUCAACCUGGGCGCUCUGUUUGCCUUCCGCAGAGAGUCGCAGCCCACUUGGAGAUAUGAAGCGCCGUCCUUGCAACACAGGACCGAGCCAUUGGACCUAUUUCCGACUCCCCAGCCCAACCCACUCGCCUUUCCAAACCCCGACGAGUCCGAAUGCGCGUCUACUGGGACUUCAAACGGAGACCUCGAACAGAUCAGCGCGCAUGUCUUGGCCUGCUUUGACGACUUCAAAUCCCAGGUCAUGUACGCAGGGGACAUAUCCUUUGCUGAGCGCAACAGACUCCUUGCCAAUGCCUGGAAGUCUUGUUGUCCAGCCGACUCUGAUGCAUGCAUCUACAACAUUAUGGUAGUGCAGCACGUCGAGGAACUCGGCUGGGAUCCUUCGAGCAUUCUCUUAGAGCACGAGUCGUUCGCGCUGCCUCCCGUGUACACAUCGCAAAGCCAAACCCUGCUCGACUGUUUGACGAAAUCUUCAGCACGGUUUCCGUACGCUGCCAAAGUCUACCGUGAAAUAUCCAUGAGAGUGGUUGAGUUGGCGGGGUCUGCCACAUUCUCAAAGAACUCUUCACAGGACAUGGAGCUUCUCUCCGUCAUUCGGCUCGCACUUCAAGACGCCUUCUCAACUGACAACAAGAUCGAGCCCUCGGUAGCGCAGGCUCUGACUUUGGUUGCGAACAAGAUUCAAAACAUGGACAUUCGAGAGGCGCUACUCUCAAUCUUCACAGGCACAAAUAGUGUGCAGCAAAGCACAAUCGUAUUACUUGCGCGUGCUGCCGCCAACCACAAGCUCUGUGCCACCUUGGAAAAGACACUUUUCUGUCUUCCGCGAAAGCAACUUCGAUCACUUAUCCCGUCGGUUACUACAUCUCUGGCCAUAGCUGUUGCGCGGGAAACUAGACUGCCGGAUAGGCUUCAUACGCAUCCCCUCACCGCAUGGUUCAAGGUGCUUGAGGGUCUUGAUAGACGCUCAGCCUCUCAUGCAUCUAGCGCAGAUUAUUUGCGCACUGCAUUUACAGCGGUGAACAAGUAUGUCUUCGGGAAUAGCAACGCUGGCAGAAUGCGAGGUCAUGUCUUGCUUCACGCCUUGACAUUUCAAUUGACGCAGCAAACACAGUAUGCAUCUUACAGAGAGAGGGUAUUGCAGCUCAUCUACGCUCCUGUACAUACGUCUCAACAACGUCCUGAGUUUGAGACACUCUUGGGGAUUGUCUUUGCUCGCAUGCAAAAAGAUGGUUUACCUUGUACACCAUUGGUAGAGCUGGCUGUAUAUACCUUUACUCGCCAUGCCGACUUGAUGUCCGUAUACCGCAUCCUGUCCGCACUAAAACAGCGAGGAUUCGUGCUGGAAAACGCAUCACGUAUCCACUCUCGAUUCACAAAAAGAGCAGCCUCGCUCCCCCGCAAAACCGAGUCAAUGAACGAACAAGCCCGUCAACACUACGCCUUUGCUCUGCGCACCUGCCAAGGCAUAACCGACCUCCUUAUCAAACUCGUCUCUCCUUCUUCCAAAUCCACCGCGAGCGCCUUGUCCCACACAAGGAAGCAUCUCCUUCAUCUACAAGCCCGCCGCGAAUUCGCAGCAAUCCUCGACCGCGCCUCCGCAAACCACGCUCUACCCCAAAUCUACGCAACCUCCACUGCCGACAUGCCCACUUCGGACCGCACAGUCCUCAUCCACCAACUCGCUCAUUUCUACUCGCUCAGCACCACGCGCUCCCAUCGCGAAACGUGGCGCUCAAUCUACUACCUUUACAGCUACCUUCAGACGUAUUCACUGCCUAUUGGCCCGUUGUUCACCAAAGCUGUGGUGCGCGCUGCGAUUAUCCGGCCCAUGAUGGAACAUCGCUUCAUCAGUGCGAGGAGACUGAUUUGGAUAUGUCAUCUUGUGGCGAGGGUCGAGGGCGAGAAUGUAGCCAAGCAGAUUGAGAGUAGCUAUUGGCGCUGGAGAGGCGAGUUGAUUAGACAUGCUAAGCGGGCGCAUGAUGGUGCGGGGGGAGACGUAAAGGCCAAGGCUAUGGUGGGCAAGAUGAAGGGGUUAGGGUUGAUUUGAGACGAGGGGGAGAAAAAAAGAAAGUAUGUAGAUAGAGAGAUAUAUACCCGUAUACAGAGCAGUGUGAAUGCUGUAUAGAAGGAAAUAACAAAAAAAAAAUGUAUACUUGAUGACUAAUUCAAAACGCCUUGCCUACUUACAUUCGUCUCGAGAAGUCGUCCAUUUACUGCAAAAGCUUGCAAAAGUCCACACAUCCCUCUAAUACCUAUCAAUCAAAAACAUCCUGCGCUCAUACUCAGACAUGGCCCC